AGGCCCUGGCCAGAGCUGCAGCUGCAGCAGCAGCCGCACGGAGGUCAGAGAGUGCAGGGCAGCAGGGCAGGAAGUGAAGUGAAGUGAAGGGAAGGGAAGGAGAGGGGAGGCGAGGAAAGGAAAGGAAAGGAAAGGUGGCAGGGAGUGGCAGGAGGAGCAUGGGGAACUGACCUGACCAGUGCAGUGCAGGGCUGUAGAGUGUGUGGGGCACACCGAGCGAAGCGGAGAGAAGAGAAGCUGUGCUGAUCUGAAAAAGAGAGCAAAGUGAGACGGAAGGGAAGGGGGAGGGGAGAGCGGAAGAGAAUGGAUGUCGAGUUGUAGAGAGGGGAGGAGAGAAGGAAGAGAGAGAGAGAGAGAGAGAGAGAGAGAGAGAGAGAGAGAGAGAAGAGGGGAGGGAGCAAGGGAGGGGGAGAGGGAGCAGGAAGGGGAGGAUCGUGAGGAUGAGUAUAAAGAAUCGUGGGAGUGACAGCUGCAACUCUUCUUGCGCAACCAACGAGUGAGCAAGUGAGCGAGCUCGCCCCCUGUAGCGGGUGUGCAAAUUUGGCUUUACUUUCAAUUUUGUUUUGGAACAUUCGGGUGCGCUGGGCUGGGCGGGGUUGUGGGGAGGGGUGUGUUGUGGUGUGGGGAGGGGAGGAGAGGAAAGGGCAGGGAGGGGGCUGUGUGAAUGUGUUGGUGGGUUGGAUUUUAUGAGGAUGUGAUGACUGCGUCGGGUUAUAUGUUUGCCUGCUUCGGCGAGGCGUUCCAUCAGAGGAGUGGAAUUGGUUUAGGGGAAAGAGAGAAACGAAUUCGACGUGCUCUUAGAGUAAAGAAGCGCAGGGGUGUGGUUACUGGUGCGUUUGCUUGUUUCACUGCGGGCCUAAAUGCAAAUGGCUCGUCUGGGCCAGCAGGAGUGGCUAGGAGGGGUAGCAUGGUCCCCAGAUCAAGCAGGGCAGCACAGGAUCGAUUGCACUACUGCCUUGAUAGGCCGCAUGUCUCACAAAAUUCUUGGACCGAAGGUUUACGACCCGACUCUAGCAAAGAAGACGCUGAAUAGGACUGAACCAACACAAUCUGAGAAGCUCAAGGAUUGUGAAGAGAAGAUGCCUUUACAACACUUGCGUAACGAAGAAGUCCAUGAAGAUGAGUUUAUAAGCCCAACAGGCGCCCUUGAUCAGUACUUGUUUCGGAAUCUGCCGGAUGCUUCGAUGCAGUUGGGGCAGGAGCGGCACAGACGAGAAGUGUGCAGCUCGAAAUUGCAGGAAAUCGAGAAGGAACUGCAGGAGUUUUCAGAUGCCUUCGGUAGCAAAUUGCAGGAAUUAAAGAAGUCGAUGGGCGAAUUUGCCCAAUCAAUGAAAGAACUUAUGCACUACGAUGAAGGCACCUACAUCGAAGAUAGGCUCUGGGAAGAAGCUGACACCAACAGCAAGGCUGUGGAUACAGUGACUUCGACUCAGAGCCCUCCGCAUCGUUAAGCGCUUUUAGAGUGCCAGGAGAAUGACAAGUUGUCUCUGCUUAAUCUAACCAGUUUAGUUUUUCUACUUCACUAUGUUUCUUUGAGAAACUCGACGACAUUGUAGUAUACAUGUACAAAAUUCUGUGCAGAGCAGUGCGAUCUGUAUAAUAUCCAUCUCACGAAUUAUAGAAAAAAGUAUAAUUCGGAGUCUUUAAGAUGUCCUCUCUCAGGAGGCCACCGAGUUCUCCUUAUGGUUUCGAUAUAAGAACAAGUAGCGCUCGCAAAUUUUGUUAAUUUGAAAUGCUCUGGUGCGGCUCUCCUAAAGGAAUAAAGAGUUGGCUGCUCGGACAGCUAAUCUUUGAC